GCAAACACCGCGAGAGUCUCGUGCCUGUCUUUAAUUAAAAAAAAAAAGUAUAAUAGCUUCCUCUAAAAUGUGAACAGCUAGCUAACUUGGCAAGUCAGGCUACAAAGACACGCUGGGAUGGGUUCCAUUCCCCUGUGGUCAAAAUGGAAAACAAAGGCACCGACGAGAUGGAGAAAUUGAAAACAAAGUUCAUGUCAGCGUGGCAUAAUGUGAAGUACAGUUGGGCCUUGAAGACAAAGACUACAUUCAGCAGGAAUUCCCCAGUGUUUCUACUGGGAAAAUGUUAUCAUUUCAAGAAUGAAGAGAAGGACGGCCGCACGGAUGACGGUUGGGCGGCGCCUGAAGAGGACCUCGUCAUGGGGAACGUGGAGGCCUUCCGCAGGGACUUUGGGUCCCGCCUUUGGCUGACUUACCGGGAGGACUUCCCAGCCCUCCCUGGCUCCUCCCUGACAUCUGACUGCGGCUGGGGCUGCAUGAUCCGAGCAGGGCAGAUGAUGCUGGCCCAGGCCCUGGUUCUACACUUCCUCGGGAGAGACUGGAGGUGGUCGGAAGCGUUGACCCUGCAGCCACUGGACACAGAAACAAGAACCACCAGUGCAGCAAAGCGUCUAGUGGCCUCCUUGGAAGCCUCUCUCCAGGGUGAGCGGACCCCAGGCCCCAAGCCCCGGCUCCAGGCCCCGGGCGGGGCUGAGGAGGCAGACAUCCAUCUCAGGGAGGUGUACCACCGCACCCUGGUGAGCUGGUUCGGGGAUGUCCCUGACGCCCAGCUGGGGUUGCACAGGCUGGUGAGGCUGGGCCUGGGGCUGGGGAGGCAGGCUGGGGACUGGUAUGGCCCUGCCGCGGUAGCACACAUCCUCAGGAAAGCUGUAGAGGAGGCCACAGAUCCUGGGCUGGCAGGGAUAACCACUUACGUGGCACAGGACGGCACAGUGUACAGUGCUGAUGUCCUGGACAGCCACAAGGUCCCUGGUCCACAGCACGCCCUCACCAACAGCCGAGCCGUCAUCCUCCUCAUCCCCGUCCGUCUGGGAGGGGAGAACACCAACCCAGAGUACUUCAACUUUGUCAAGGGCAUCCUGAGUCUGGAAUACUGCAUUGGCAUCAUCGGGGGCAAGCCCAAACAAGCCUGCUGCAUUGUGGGAUUUCAAGAUGACAGUCUGAUUUACAUGGACCCUCAUUACUGCCAGUGUUUUGUGGACGUCAGCACCAGCCCUUUCCCUGUUCAGUCUUUUCAUUGCCCGUCGCCAAAGAAGAUGCCUUUCAGCAAGAUGGAUCCCAGCUGCACGCUUGGGUUCUACUCCCGCAGUAUCCACGACUACGAGAGGAUCAGCCAAGAGCUUGCCAAGGUGCUGAAGCCGUCAGCAAGAGAGAGGUACCCAGCGUUCACCUUCAUGCCGGGCCACGGGAGAGACUAUGACCUCUCUGCAGCUGUGACCCCACAGAAGAGAGAGUGGCCCUUCAUCCAGGACACCAAGAGAGCCACGGCCACCGCCGGAGACUUUGUUCUUCUGUGACGGACGGCGCAGAGGUCAAAGGUCACUGCCAAGGACCUCUGGUUUCCAGAAGGAUCGGAUGAAAAGGUCACUUUGCCAAACUGCAGGACUGAUCCAGUCGCUCCUUAUAUCCUGCGUUACUGAUCUGAAUAACACUUACCCAACAACAACACUGUCGUCUGUUUAGGUCUUUUUUUGUUCCCCCGAUCAUGACUACCCACAAUAGAUGAUGCCAACUCUUUAAACACACAUGUGGUUGCUUGUGACAUCCCCUCUUUGGUGGAUUGGGACCACACAAGACACGGGUGAGUGUUUGUGUGGUGUGUUUAAACUGUUGUACUGGCAGAUUGUAAAUUAAAUUAUACCAUGCAUCACUAUGUGCAA